GCUUAAUAUGAAGCGCUUGAGAACAGAAGAGGAGGGAGAGACGGAUACCAUGAAGACAGCCAAUCUCUUGUUAUCGCUCUCUUGUGGAGGUAAUAAGCCUGAGAAGAUCCGUAGGAGGACAAAGACGGAGGAUGGUGUGUUCGAGUGCAAGACGUGCAGUCGCCGGUUUUCGUCGUUCCAGGCACUCGGAGGCCAUCGGACGAGCCACAAGCAGCCGAGACUCCAAGGCCUGGGGUUUGCUCCGACGAAGGGCUCGACGUUGAAGACAAACGUCCACCAGUGUUCCAUCUGCGGCCAGAGGUUCUCCAUGGGCCAGGCUCUGGGCGGUCACAUGCGGCGGCAUAAGCCCCCGAGCGAGGCUUUUCCAGAGAAGAAAGCUGGUGUGGAGAAAUCCAUGCCGGACCUGAACGUGCUUCCUUUGGAGGAUGAUUGCUCGAGAGAAGGUUCUCAUGGCGUCUUGCUCGAGUUAUUCGUGUAGAACAUGUACGUAUUGCGUUUAGAUCUCUCUUUUUGUGGAACUUCUUUAUAAGUUAGUUGAUUUGGUUUUUAAUUUGCAAA